AUGGCGGCCGUUCAGAGCGUUCAGUGCUUCGGCAAGAAGAAGACCGCGACCGCGGUCGCCCACUGCAAGCAGGGCAAGGGCUUGAUCAAGGUCAACGGCAAGCCGCUCUCCCUCGUCGAGCCUCAGAUCCUGCGCUUCAAGGUCUACGAGCCUGUCCUCAUCCUCGGACUUGACAAGUUUGGUAUGUCUCACUACAUUUGAAGAUGGAGGAAUGGUACUCUGGGAGGCAUGGAGGAUGGGGUGUCGGGAUUGGAGAACUGCGUGGGUCUAUCAAGAAGAUGGGAGCGAAAAGGGAAGCGCAAAGACAGAGCGAGAAGAGAACGAGUAAUAGAAAGAAGAGCACCUGCCGGAGAAUUGCUACUGGCAUGGAGAACAUGUGCUGACCGAUUUGAUGCAGCCGACGUCGACAUCCGCGUCCGAGUGCGUGGUGGUGGUCACACUUCGCAGGUCUACGCCAUCCGCCAGGCCAUCGCCAAGAGCAUUGUACGUUAUCACAUGCGGGCGCAAUCCAUCGCGCAUCUCACACAGCAGCGGACACGCCCACUGACCUGAACCCCAGAUCGCAUACUAUCAGAAGUACGUCGACGAGCACAGCAAGAACCAGCUGAAGCAAGCCCUCGUCGCCUACGACCGCACACUCCUCGUUGCCGACAACCGCCGGUGCGAGCCCAAGAAGUUCGGCGGUCCAGGUGCCCGUGCCCGAUACCAGAAGUCUUACAGAUAG